AUGUCAUCUCCAAAGCGCAAUUCUCUCUACCCGCAAGUCAUCCUCUCAAACCCAGAAGCCAUUUCUGCUACUUCAACUUCUACUUCAUCCUCUUUGUAUCCUACUAUUGACAUGAAAGACUUGGAAGAGAAUCUCUUCUCUGAAGAAGAUAACAACAAGAACGAGGUAGUUUCACCACCGGGUUCAAACACUGAACCCCAUGAAGAAAUCUUGAUCAAAAUCCCGGGAUCAAUCGUUCAUUUAAUUGAGAGAGAUCAUAGUGUGGAACUGGCUUGUGGGGACUUCUUUAUAGUGAGUCUCAAGCAAGGUGAAACUGUUGUUGCUAUUUUUGCUCGUGUAGGUGAUGAUAUUCAGUGGCCUUUGGCUAAGGAUGAGGCAGCAGUUAAACUUGAUGAAUCACAUUACUUCUUUACUCUUCGUAUACCUAGAAAUGAAUGGGAUGGGGGUGAAUUAAAUAAGGGAGAAGUUGAGUUGUUGAAUUAUGGAUUAACUUUUGCAUCGAAAGGACAAGAGGGUUUGUUGAAGGAGUUUGAUAAGAUAUUGGCAUCGAAGGAGAUGUCGCCGGAUGAGUUAGAGAAGAAUAAGGAAUUGAUGGAGAAGAAUUCUGCCGCGUAUUGGACAGUGUUGGCUCCUAAUGUAGAGGAUUAUAGCUCAUGUGUUGCUAGGAUGAUUGCGGCUGGGUCAGGGCAAUUGAUUAAGGGGAUUUUGUGGUGUGGAGAUGUGACGGUGGAUAGGUUGAAGUGGGGUGAUGGGUUCUUCAAGAAAAGGAUUCAUAAGAGUUCAGAUUCAGAUAUUAGUCCAGGGACUUUGAGGAGGAUCAAAAGGGUUAAGAAGUUGACAAAAAUGUCUGAGAAAGUGGCUGUUGGAAUUCUUUCUGGGGUUGUGAAAGUCUCUGGAUUCGUUUCAAGUCCAAUUGUGAAUUCUAAAGCGGGCAAAAAAUUUUUUAGCCUAUUGCCUGGAGAAAUUGUUCUUGCUUCCUUGGAUGGAUUUAAUAAGGUGUGUGAUGCUGUUGAAGUUGCUGGAAAGAAUGUCAUGUCAACCUCGUCGGUUGUGACAACUGGACUUGUCUCGCAUAGAUACGGAGAAGAAGCAGGAAAGGUAACACACGAAGGGCUUGAUGCUGCAGGACAUGCUAUUGGCACUGCUUGGGCUGUGUUUAAGAUAAGAAAGGCUCUUAAUCCAAAGAGUGUCUUCAAGCCAACAACUAUUGUAAAAGCUGCUGCAAAGGCAAACGCUGCUAAAAUGAAGGCUAAUAAUACAAGUAAAGGCUAA